AUGUCACGACAUAUGAUCGAGAACUCCAUUAUUGUUCAACUUAAUUCUGACAUCAAUAAAAUUAAGGCUAUAUUGAAAUGGCAUGAUGAUAUAUGCAAAAUUGCUACAACGACUGAAGUAUUUACUAAUCCAGAUACUUGUUUAGACUUCGUAAGCGAUAUAAAAACGGAAAAAGUCUUUUUAAUUAUUAGUGGAUCUGAUUUGGAACAUGUUAUAUCGAUACUAGUCAACUUUCCUCAAGUGCAUACAAUUUAUAUUUUAGAAUCAGAUUUCAAUGAAUCGUCAUCAACAAGAGAUCAUCGAAAAAUGAAAUUUUUUAUUAAAAUGGAACAUCUAAUCGAACAGUUAAUGGUCGAUGUCAAACGAACCAAUCAUAAUCUUAUCAGUUUCGAAGUAACAAGUGCUAAUGCUAAUCUAACGACAUUAAAAGAUACCAAUAAUAAACAAGAAGCAGCAUUUAUGUUCGGUCAAUUAUUAAAAGAAAUUUUUAUUGGUAUGACUGAUGUCGAUCGGUCAGAUAUGAUCGAGUAUUGUCGAAUGAAAUAUUCUAACAGUCCAUAUCAACUCGAGCUUAUAGAUCGGUUUCAACAUGACUAUGAGCGUCAUUCUCCGAUCUGGUGGUAUUCGCUCGAUUCUUUUCUCUAUCGUAUGUUAAAUAAAGCAUUACGUAUUCAAGAUAUAUCAACAUUAUAUGCAUUGCGUACAUUCAUACGUGAUUUACACUGUCAACUUCUUGAACUACACAAGGCAAACAAUGAAAGAGAACCAUUCAUAUUAUAUAGAGGUCAGCAAAUGGCAACGUCUGAUUUCAAUAAAUUGCGUGCGAGUGAAGGUGGUCUACUUUCAAUCAACAGCUUUUUGUCGACAAGUAAAAAUGAAAAUGUGGCAUUAGUUUAUGCAGGAAAUACAAAUAUUGACGUUAAUGAAACGGCAACACUUUUUCGAAUAAUCAUUACCUCAGUACAACGUUCUAAUGUUCCAAUUGCUAGAGUCGCUGCACUUAGUCAAUUUGACGAAGAAAAUGAAUAUCUAUUCUCAAUGGGUAGCGUCUUCAGAAUACAGAAAUUGGAAAGUCUAUCGAAUGGAAUUGAAUGUAUUCAUUUGCAACUGACAAGUGAUCAUGAUCCACAACUUUCACAUAUGACCAGUUAUCUACGACAAAAAUUCCAUGGACGAUAUGAUCUGACAAGUCUUGGUCGGUUAAUGUGGGAAAUAGGCAAUUUGAAGAAGGCAGAAGAAUUCUAUUUACUUGCUAUGGAAAAAGAAACAGUACCAAUGAAUAUUGCAUCAUUGCAUAAUCAGAUGGGAGUUAUCUAUGAUGAUAUUGGAAAUCAUUUACAAGCUCUUGAACAUUACGAAAAAGCUCUUACUAUGAAACAAUCAUAUUUGCCAUCAGACGACCCAUCAUUCGCAGCACUACUGAGUAAUAUAGGUUUGAAUUAUCAGAAUCUCGGAAACAAAAAUCGUGCUCUAACAUAUCUGAAACAGGCGCUUGCUAUCGCAGGAAAGAUGUCUAAACCAAAUCCAGAGAUACUUGGAAGUAUUCAUAACAAUAUUGCCGGUAUUCUCGAUGAGCAAGGUCAAUAUGAUGAAGCUUUACAGCAUUAUCGCGAAGGACUUCAGCAUAGACUUGCUUACCUUCCUAGUACGCAUCCUGAUAUUGCUGUAUCAUAUAGUGAUAUUGGAUUCUUGUAUAUUGAACAAGAACAUUAUGAAGAAGCUUUAUCAACGCUUAAAAAAUGUUUGGAAAUUCAACAAAAUUCAUUGCCUCCUGAUCAUCCAUCACUGGUUGUUACUUACAAUCACAUGACUUUAGGUCUUUCAAAACUUGAACGCUAUGAAGAAGCAUUUGAAAUUGGUACCAAAGCGCUUGAUAUCGCAAUUCGAACAUUAGGUGAUGAGCAUGAGCAGACACAGUGUCUACAAGCAAUGCUUGAAAUGAUUUCGAAUGAAUUAUAG